GCAAUCCCGGCCGCUAUUUCUGUGCCGUUGGAGUUUAAACUUUGCCACUCGGGUCAGGGCGAGGAGGAGGAGGAGGAGGUGGCCGGGCUCGGCGUCCGCCCCGCUGCUGUGUGCUGAGGGGGGUUGAGGAGCCGGGACGGAUCCGCUGGUUUUGGGAUCUCGUGCAGCCAUGGCCUCCACCGUGGGCAGCCUCGACAGCCUCGACCUGCUGGACCUCCUCUUCGACCGCCAGGACGGGAUCCUCCGCGGCGUGGAGCUGGGGACGUCCCCGGGCACCUGGCACGAGGACGGGCGCACCCGGGACGGCGACGACUUCCUCAGCUCCAUCCUGGGCUCUGGGGACUCAGCGUCCGACUCUCCCAGCUGGUCCCCAGCGGCCAGUGACAGCGGGGUGUCCGAGGACCCCUCCUCCGACCACCUCGACAGCCCCCCGGGGUGCUGCGACGGGGGGCUCGGCGAGGCCCCGUACCCCUACGCCAACCCCUGCCAGGUGCUGCCGAUCCCCGGGGGCACCGGGGCCCCGCACCCUGAGGUCUCCAUCGACCUGGACAUGUGGCACCCCGGCUUCUUCAUGGAGGAGGGCCGGGACCUGCCCGUGGUCUCCGCGCCCGCGUCCUGCACCCUCACCGUCAAGGACCUGCUGCUGUCGGGCAGCUCCGAUGCUCCGCAGGCACCCAGCUCCCUGCUGAGGCAGAGCCAGGGCCAGUUCCAGGAGCUGGUGCUGACGGAGGACGAGAAGAAACUUCUGGCCAAGGAGGGGGUGUCCCUGCCCACGCAGCUGCCCCUCACCAAGUACGAGGAGCGGGUGCUGAAGAAGAUCCGUCGGAAGAUCAGGAACAAGCAGUCAGCGCAGGAGAGCCGCAAGAAGAAGAAGGAAUACAUCGACGGGCUGGAGAGCCGGAUGUCAGCGUGCACAGCCCAGAACCAGGAGCUGCAGAGGAAAGUCCUGCACCUGGAGAAGCAGAACUCGUCCCUCCUGGAGCAGCUGAAGAAACUCCAGGCCCUGGUGGUGCAGUCGAGCAACAAGGCAGCGCAGACGGGGACCUGCAUCGCGGUCCUGCUGCUCUCCUUCGCGCUCAUCGUCUUCCCCUCCAUCAGCCCCUUUGCCCCCAGCAAGGCCGAGGCAGACGGGGACUUCGGCCCGGUGCGAGUUUUCUCCAGGUCCCUGCACAACGCCGCCGCCUCCCGCGUGGCUUACGCACAGCCCCGGGGCAGGGACGAGAAGCCCCCGGAGCCGCUGUGGUCGGAGCACGGGGGCGAAAGCCCCGAGACCCUGCACGAAGCUUUCAGUGCCCGCUCCUUCUCCCCGCGCCCGGACGAGGCUUCGCCCCGCAACCGCAGCCGGCCCCUCGCCUCCGACAGCCCGAGCCAUGGGGACAUGGAGCGAAGUGGCGGCGUGGCAGGGGGUGGCAGCACGUCGGGGGACGGCAGCACAUCGGGGGACAGCCUCGCAGCGCUCGCGUGGACCGAGGGUGAGCACAGCGGCCGGCCCACGGGGCUGGAGCCAGCCGAGGAGCUUUAAACAGCACCCAGGGACCACGGGGGAUGCGCCCCAUCCCCUCUGGGACAAGCCCUCGGGGUGGCCCCCCAGGGUCCCCCCCUCCAGGCGUGGACAGAUGCUGGACCCACUUGGCUUUGCUUCUAUCUGUGAACUGGGAAGAGGAGACUGGUUCCCACUGGCCUUACUGGGAGGGAAGAAAGGGGCUGCUCCCGCCCCCGGGGUGCGGCGGGGGUUGCCGAAAGGAUACGGGGUUGGUCAAGGUGGGGAGGAGGGGACCCAAAAGGCCCCGGUCUGGCUGGUUAUUGACACUGCAGCUUGGUGGUUUUGUUCACUUUUUUUUUUUAACUUCAUUUUCAUCACUAAAUAAAGGUAUUUUGGAAAAAAAAAAA